AGGAGGAAGUGACGACAGAGCCGAGCUUUGAUUGGGCAGCGGUGGCCUGGAGCGGAAGCCGUGCCAGGCAGCCCGGAGCUUCUGCGGCUGGUCACGCCAGCCUCCUGGGACCGAGUGCUCUUAACCUCUGCGCUCCUGGUGAGCGCUGUCUGUAUUUGUCUCUCGACCGCCUUCUACCAGGAGUUUAACCCGCCCUACCGCCGCCCGGAUGGGAUCGCCAGAGCGCUCUCAACUCUCAAGGGAUUAUUAAAUUGCUGAGGAAUCUGGGGAAAGAGCUGAAAUUCUCAUCCCAUGGAUCCCUUGGGCGCACCGUCCCAAUUCGUGGACGUGGAUACUCUGCUCAGCUGGGCUGACUCCUGUGAAGAGGAAUUAAAUGCUUCUGAGACCACAGCUGAAACAUCUCAGGAAAAUCUUAUUAGAUCACCUUUUCUCUAUAAUAAGGUUAUCAAUGGAAAAGUGGUUCUUUGGAAAGGUGAUGUGGCAUUAUUGAACUGCACGGCCAUUGUGAAUACCAGCAAUGAAAGCCUCACAGAUAAGAACCCUGUGUCCGAAAGUAUCUUCAUGCUUGCAGGGCCUGAUUUGAAGGAAGACCUACAGAAGCUGAAAGGUUGCCGAACAGGUGAAGCAAAAUUGACGAAGGGAUUUAACCUAGCUGCUCGGUUCAUCAUUCACACAGUGGGGCCAAAGUACAAGAGCCGCUACCGCACAGCAGCUGAGAGUUCCCUGUACAGCUGCUACCGGAACGUACUUCAGCUAGCAAAAGAGCAGUCGAUGUCUUCUGUUGGAUUCUGUGUCAUCAAUUCAGCAAAGCGAGGUUACCCCUUAGAGGAUGCAACACACAUAGCACUUCGUACUGUAAGGAGAUUCCUAGAGAUUCAUGGGGAAACCAUUGAAAAAGUAGUAUUUGCUGUCUCUGAGCUUGAAGAGGCUACUUACCAAAAGCUGCUACCUCUGUACUUCCCAAGGACGUUAAAGGAGGAGAGUCGAUCAUUACCCUAUCUACCUGCAGAUAUUGGAAAUGCGGAGGGGGAGCCUGUGGUGCCUGAACGGCAGAUCAGAAUAAGUGAAAAGCCUGGUGCUCCAGAGGACAACCAAGAAGAAGAGGAUGAAGGCUUGGGAGUGGACCUGUCUUUCAUUGGCUCUCAUGCUUUUGCUCGAAUGGAAGGAGACAUUGAUAAGCAAAGAAAGCUAAUCCUUCAGGGCCAGUUAUCCGAGGCAGCGCUGCAGAAACAGCAUCAAAGAAAUUACAAUCGAUGGUUGUGUCAAGCAAGAGCUGAAGAUCUGUCUGAUAUUGCUUCUCUGAAAGCUUUAUACCAAACAGGUGUCGAUAACUGUGGUCGCACCGUGAUGGUGGUAGUGGGAAGAAACAUUCCUGUUACACUGAUAGAUAUGGACAAGGCUCUCUUAUACUUUAUCCAUGUAAUGGAUCAUAUUGCUGUGAAGGAAUAUGUAUUAGUUUAUUUUCAUACACUGACCAGCGAAUACAAUCACCUGGACUCCGACUUCCUGAAGAAACUCUAUGAUGUUGUUGAUGUCAAGUACAAGAGGAAUUUGAAAGCUGUUUAUUUUGUUCACCCAACAUUUCGUUCAAAGGUAUCAACAUGGUUUUUCACCACCUUUUCUGUCUCAGGACUGAAGGACAAAAUUCACCAUGUGGACAGCCUGCACCAGCUGUUUUCUGCCAUAUCACCAGAACAGAUUGACUUUCCUCCUUUUGUCCUUGAAUAUGAUGCUAGGGAAAACGGGCCUUACUACACAUCUUAUCCUCCAUCACCAGAUUUGUGACCUGCCAUCUUGGUUCCAAGGAUGCCACUUCAGCCGUGAAUUACUGCCUCCUGAAGUGAUGCUCAUUUUUCCUGUACAGAUCCAGAGAGCCUUUUGUCCCCACCUCUCUGAUAUUUUUUUAUUGACUAUAUUUUCUGGCACAUGAGCAAUCUAAAACUGGUAGGCCAUCUGAACUGCACAUUUUGAAUUUGUAUAUUUGUAUCAAAUGUAACGUUUAUUUGUAGAAUAUUAUUAAUAGAAAUUGGGGGGCAACUUUUGAGUAUCUUCAGUUUCCUGAAGGACACUGGCUUCUCCAUUAUACAAGCCAACAUCAUUGUUCAUUUCUUAAACAUUGCACGCUUCCUUUGUAUAUUUAAAUGUUUCUUGAAAUAUAUAGAACCAAUGGAUGCCAA